CUUUAACUUAAUUUCGAUUAAUUAAAAUCAAAAAACUCCAUUUAAAAAUGAAGUUGACUUAUUUCUUCAUGCUAUUUGUUGCAAUUAUGGUUGCAUUUACAUCAGCCAACAGCAUCGUUUUCCUUGCUAGACCUCAACAUCAUCAGGAACAACAAGCUCAACCAAGCGCACCAGAAAAUGAUAAUCAAGAUCAACAACAGCAACAACAGCAGACUGAUAAUUCCAGUCAAUCAAGCCAGGAGAGUCAAGGAAAUUAAAUAAAAAUUGAAAUUUAUAUCAAAAGUUGAA